AUGAAGAACUUGCACAUAUGCUUUUCCAAUUUCAAGUACUGCCUUCCCACAAUCGCACCACCGCCGCAAUCAUCGCCAAAUUCCCAUCACCACCACCACCGCCGUCGCCGCCGUCCAUCACCUUCCUCCUUCUUCAUAAAAAACUUCAACUCCCUCUACGACCUCUCUUCCUCCGACAACCACCUCAUCAUGACUAGCACCACCACCACCGCCACCGCCACAACCACCACAACCGUCACCACCGCACCUACCGAUUCAUCAGACCCAGACUUCUCCGCCGUCUUUGCCUCAAAGCGAUUCUUCGUCUCUUCUCCAGGAGAAUCAAACUCCAUUAUUGAUUCCUUACCCAACUCCCCAACUAAAUCCGGCAACCACAACAACAACAAUAUGGUAGCCGGCGGCGUUGCCAUUCAAACAUACUCGCCGGACCCGUAUGAAGAUUUUCGAAGAUCAAUGCAGGAGAUGUUCGAGGCUCACAAAUCAUCAUCAUUAUCGUAUGAUGAUGAUUGGGAUUACUUAAAGGAACUUCUUCAUUGUUAUCUAUCUUUGAAUCCUAAACGUAAUCAUAAGUUCAUCGUUCGUGCUUUCUCUGAUCUUGUCGCGUCGCUAGUAUUAAUUAAUUAA